UUCUUUUCUCAUCCCCUUCUUCUUCCCUUCUCAUCUCUAAUUCUUCCUUACUACGAUCUACAUCAAUUUGGUAUUAUAGCUAAUACGAUCUACAUCAAAAGGCUUGUUUGGUCAUCAAAAAUCAGUCCCAAAUUUAUUCUCAUUGUUACAGUAACUAUAUUGUAGCCUAGGUGAAGUUUUUGAUUCAGACCAAAACAAAAUAUCAAACUAAAGAUGCUAAGAUUUUACCCUUUGGAAACAGAGAGAUAAAAGUAUGCAAUGAAUAAUUCUCUUAGAUAAGUUCCUUACGGGCGGGUUUGAAUAUCUAAACGAAAUCAAUUAUUGCAGUACUGUAUUUCUCAAAUUAUGUCACGUCAGGACUAGAUAUUCAAGAAAUUCGAUGUAUCAUACUUGACCCGGAGUCAUUCACCAAGGUAAUGAUGCAGAAUUUUCACCUAAUUGGGUUGAUUUUCUUUCUUCGAGUGACAAUUUAGGUCAGAGAUUGAGUUCGAGUACAUAUUUGAGAACUCAAGCUUUAGACGUUUUCAUCAGAGAUGAAUCACUUAAAAAACAUGACGAAUACGUGCAGAUGCAGAACAUAACAAUUAAAUCAGAAGACACAGAGGGAGAUGGCGUACAGUAGCAAAACCAGAGAGCAUCGAAGCAGGUGGCGCAUGAUAAUCGCCGUCGAGCUACGGAGGCUUCCUCUUUCUCUGAACUCAUUCGGUUAUGUGCAGGAAGGGGUCGUUGGUCUGGGUGACGAAUGCUUGGGAGGAGGAGGGGGUUUGCGCAGAGAGGAGAGGGCAGGGGAGGAAGGGGGUUGGGGUUUAACAGAGUGA